AUGGAGGCGAAUCCUCUGGAAGGUCUCAUGUCAGUUGCAGGGAACCACCAGCUCAUGUCCGGCUCUGCUGCAGAGCCGCGGAACAAGCAGCCUCCCGCAGCCAACAGCCCAGCAUCCCUGCUCGAGCUCAGGCAGAGCGUACGGAGCGGCCGGGAGCCCAGGAAGUGGCAGGUGCAGUCCGUGUACGGGUCCAGGCCAAACUCUGGUUCUGGUUGCGGGUCUGUGGUCCAGAGCAGGGCGCUGAGGAGCCAGCACUCCCCAGAAAACGCAGCUCGAGAGAGGAGUCGCGUACGAAACCUGCGGCAGGCGUUCCACAGUCUGCAGGCAGCUCUACCCUCAGUUCCACCAGACACGAAGCUCUCCAAGCUGGAUGUUCUGGUUCUGGCCACUAACUACAUCGCCUACCUGACAGAGACUCUGGACCAGGGAGGGACUCUAGCCGAGCACAGUCUUCCCUCCAGGCCGGGCGGAUACCUGCAUCCUGUCAAGAAGUGGCCGAUGCGCUCGCUGCUGUACUGCGGCAGCGUGGGAGAGCUGCUGUCGGCCAAUCAGACGCCUCCACCUGGUCGGGACGGGACACGCCCUCUGACCUCUGCCUUAGAGGCAGAUAAAGAGUGAUAGCAGGACUUUCACCCAGUUUCUUAUCUACAGCAUUAAGCAGCCAUGUGGCCACUAUUGACGGCAGCAAGCGCAUCAAUGCAAAGUGUGAGUUUCAGUGAGAUGCUGAUCAGUUAUUUUCUAAGCACCUGCUGAAUUGCUGCAGAUGUUUUAUCAAAGCAGAAAAGUGCUUUAAGUCUCUUAAAAGUUGAAGGAAGACAAAAAAAAAAGUAUCACUGUGAAUGGAGAUUUGAAAAACAUAAAUGGUUUUUAAUUGUAUUAAAUCUUCAUAUGUUGAUCCGAGUUUAAAUCAACCUGCAGCUGCAACAGUUUUGUCCAUUUUUAAUUCUGGCUCUUUGUCCAGAAACUGGUUGUAUGUCUUGAUUAAACUCAAUCAUUUUUAUAGGAUUUGUGCAAAAAUCUGGAAGAAAAAAACCCCAAACAUUUGCAUUUAAGUUUAACACUCAAAGCACAGAUUUACCCUUCAUGAAAAUGUUCCAUCAUUAUCUAAGCAUUGGACAGCAGACUGUCAGGAAUGGAUUUAAUUAAUGGAAAUAUCUGCUUCACU